UCUUUAUUGAGAUUUCUUGCUCGUAUUGUUUUUUGUCGUGCUUGGGAACCCCUAUAUUGCAUUAUCAAUUAUACCACCACACUACCAGUUGUAACUGAACUCUGAAGACUGUUAUUAAAAAAAUAAAAACUGAUUCAGACGAUCAAGUUAGUACUUUAGUAGUUGCCAGACGCCUGUAAAGUAAUAACUUGAGAUUUUAGAAGCUGGACAUGCGUGGUUUUAAGUUUUUUAAAAUUGUUAUGCUCAAUAUUUUACCCGUAUUUCUUUCUUUUACUAAUUACUACACUUUAUAACCAGUUACUGUUUUUCAAGAACAAUAAAUAUUAUGGCGCCAAUUCAGGUGGAUCGUAUUAUAAGCGUAAGCAGUGAAGACCAGGCACACAAGGCAGAAAAUAUUCUUAAUGUCUCAGAUUCACAUCAAACUUGGCGUUGUAAAUCAGGUGAAAAUCAAGCUACAGUUAUUCUUCAAUUUUUAAAACCGUCAGUCAUUAGUUCCAUUGAUGUUGGAAAUGAUAAUUCUGCUUUUGUAGAAAUAUUUGUAGGAAAAUCUACGUCUGACGAAUUUCAAGUGCUAUUGGUUACUUCUUCUUUGAUGACAUUGCAUGAAUGUAAAAAUGGAUUAAAUGUAAACAAAGUCCGCUUCUUUGACACCGACCAUCUAUCUUUGGCAUCUAAGGAAUCAUGGGAUAGAGUAAAAAUUGUGUGUACACAACCGUACAUUAAACAGAGCAAAUAUGGUUUAUCAUUUGUAACAUUUCAUUCUAAAGAUAUACCACAAAAAGAACCAAUCCAAUCACAGUCUAUUCAGUUAGGAUCAUUUACAUUAAGAAACGAUGAUGAGUCUGAUGAUAUUUUAUCUGCUGGUCGAUUAUUUUCUAAGCGUAAUGAACAUGAAAAUGUUGUGAGGAUGCCAGAAUCACCAGUUAGUCGUCUACUUGCAAUACAUAAAAAAAACUUGGAAACAGGAAAAAAUAAAGAUACAAAUUCUACAAAUAUUAAUACUCAAACCCCUAUUGUGAAUCAAGCGAUCUUCAAACCUUCAAAAGAUUCUGUAAAACCUAAAAACAUUGAUUUAAAUGUAAAAAAAAAUGACAUAAAUACAAUGGCGGCUGUUAAAAAUACAGCGGCUAAAAAGAAAGAUUCAAUUCCAUCGUCAUCAAACUUGCAACCAUCCAGAAAAAAAAUUAAAUUAAUAAAAAAUCCAUUACCAGCAACAAAACUGUUUAAUCAAUUAUUGAACGAUGUUGUAUUUGUAAUGAGUGGUUAUGAAAAUCCAUAUCGUAGUAACAUACGUUCUAAAGCUUUAGAAAUGGGUGCCAAAUACAAACACAAUUGGGAUCCGUCUUGCACGCAUCUAAUAUGUGCUUUUAUAAAUACUCCAAAGUAUAAUGAAUGCAAAAGACAAGGAACCUAUCGUAUAGUAACAAGUGAUUGGAUUGAUAAAUGUCAUUCAAUUAGAUGCAGAUUUCCUUGGAGGAGGUAUGCUUUGGAUAAAAUGGAACAAAAUCAACCUGAAAGUGAAGAUGAAAUAUGUGCACUUACUGAUUCUGUUGAAACUGAUGAUACUGAUGAUGAAUGGAAUAGUGUUUCUGCAAAGCAAGUACCCUCAACAUCUCAAACUAAUAGUUCUGAAAAUCAGCAAAAUACAACAAAAUCACUAUAUGAUUUAGAUACUGACAUUGAUUCAGAUUUAGAUAUUCCUAAGGAUUUAUUAGCUGAUGAAAGCAUUUUACCUUUGCCAUAUAUAGAUGAUAUAUUUCGCGAUCGUUCAUUUUAUUUAUCUACCAAUUUAAAACCUUUGAUAAGACAAGAAUGUAAUCGCUACAUUAUAGCACUUGAAGGAAAAUUUAGUGAAAAAGAUAAAUGUGAUUAUAUUGUUUCAACUGAUGCAAAUCAUUUACAGUUUAAGAAUGCUGUUACUCCACAGUGGAUUUGGGAUUGUUAUGAUGCCAGAAAAAUACUACCUUUAACUUAAAACUUUGUAUUUUUAUUGCUAAAAAAAUAUGUAAUCUAUACUUUAAAGGUGUUAUAUAAUAUUUAUGUUUGUAU